AUGCUGUCUACAUGGUCUGAUGUUCACUUGGUCAAACGAGAGGAGAAAAUGUGGAUCGUGCUUCAUCUGCUGCUCCUGCUCCAAAGUGGAGAAUGUGCAGGUGUUUACACUUUUUCCACUCGGACUGUUGGACCUGGACAAAGUGUCUCUCUGACUUGUUCGUUAGGGAACACUACGAAUAUCGAAUACCUAUUUUGGAUCCGACUUGUUUCUGGAAAUUCUCCUGAAAAUGUAGCUGCAAUGGCAUCUUACAGCUCUGCUGAACGUGGAACAUCAAAUACUGGACAUCGCAUCACAGUUAAAAAAGAAAAUGGAAACUUUGUUCUGCAAAUUAGUCAAUUAGAGAAAAAUGAUUCGGCGAUCUACUACUGUUUAACUGUACAACGAUAUAUGAAAAACAUGACGUUUCUGACAGGAACAUUCCUUCAGGUCACAGAACCAGAACCCUCCGUGUCUGUUGUCUCUGAAGUCCAACCAGGACCGCCUGUGAAGUUGCAGUGCUCAGUCCUCUCCCACUCUGGGAAUGAAAUCUGUCAGGAUGGACACAAAGUGUCCUGGUUCAGAACUGGACCAGAAAGUGUCCAUCCCAGCUUUGUUUACACUCAUGACGAAUGCAAGGAGAUCAAAGAUAAUUCCACACAGAAAUGUGUCCACACUUUCUCAAAGAACGUCAACUCCUCUGAUGCUGGAACUUACUUGUGUGCUGUGGUCACAUGUGGGAGGAUGUUCAUGGGAAAUCCAAUACAAGUCAACAACACCCAAGAUGGCUGCAACUGUGAUUCAAACAAGUAUGUUAUCUUUGUCUUGAGUGCGGCUUUGGCCUUAAGUUUAAUCAUGUCAGGUUUCCUCAUCAACAAGAUCAGGACAAAACAAGGUUGUUGCUGCAAAGCUGGUCCACAAACACUCGAUGAAACCCUCAGUCACGUCCAGCAGAGAGACGAAGAAUCUUUGGUGUAUUCCAUGCCGACCAUUGUCUCCAGGAAAACUUGCAAGGCGAGGCAGACAAAUACGAAUGCAGCAGAGGAAUUCAGCACGUACGCCGAUGUCUAUCUUUGUGACUCAGUUCUCACGAAACAAAAUUAAAAUGUGUUCUGAUACACAUUAUAUUACUAUUACGGAUACACAAAGAAGAGGUCGGAAAAAAUAAGCUCUUCUUCUUCCGGCUCCUUUUUGGUCAUGUUGAUUUUAUGUGAGUUUAAAUGUGAUGUUCUUCAAUGUAACUUGUUAAACAUGUUUAAAUUAUCUGAACUAUUCCCAAUACUUAAAGAUUUCAAAGUAACCUGAAGCGAGUAACAGCCAAUGUAAUGUGGGGAAAGAUGUGAGAGUAGUAGGUCUAUCCAUGAAAACUAAUGAAAAAAGUUGUACUUUAGUGCUGACUGCUAAGAUAAAUAUCCACCACGUUUAUUUCUAACGUCACUAUCCAACAUUCACGUGUACGCUGAUGAUAAUGCAAAAUGUCUUAUUCCAAAAUGUAAAUAAAAAGUAUUGGACAUGU